AUGGAUCAAUCCACAUCCAACAGUGUUCAAGCUUCUCCAAGUAAUGGGUACCAUCACCAAACAGAAACUAUCACAUACAUGAGUCUGGAUUUAUACAAGGCUGCAGAAGAUGGAAAAAUCGAUCCAUUCAAGAAUUUUGCAGGGCCUCUUGAUCUCCUUGUUACCCCAAUUAAAGAUACAAUCCUUCAUCUCAACCUGGCAUCCCCAAGUGAAAGAUCCACUAGUUUUGUCAAAGAAGCACUUGACAUGUGCCCACAAAUCUUGCUGCAAAUCAAUGCAGAUGGUGAUACUUUACUGCAUAUUGCAGCAAGAUAUGGUCAUUUAGAUAUUGUCAAACUACUUAUUGAACACACAAGAGCUCAGCAUCAGGAUCUAGAGAGUGCAGGAGAAGCAGUAAGGCAAAUGCUAAGGAUGACAAAUAAAAGCAAGGAAACAGCUCUACACGAGGCAGCUCGAAAUGAUCAUCCCGAUUUGGUGGAAUUGUUGAUAGAGCAGGAUCCUGAUUUUGUACACUCUUCCAAUGAUUUUGGAGAAACUCCACUCUACUUAGCCUCUGAAAGAGGGCAUCUUGAAGUGGUAGUUAUAAUGUUGAAAGCUUGCACAUCACUGGCUUAUGGUGGCCCUAAUGGAAAAACAGCUUUACAUGCUGCAGCAAUGCAUCGACAUGGAGGAAUUGUACAUGCAAUACUAGACAAGAAAACGAGUUUGGUGAACAAGGCAGACGAAAUGUGUUGGACUCCACUUCACUAUGCUGCAUAUAUUGGUGCUAGUCGAGUGGUGAAACAGCUACUAGGAUAUGAUAAAUAUGUUGCAUAUGCUGCAGACAAGGCAAGGCGGAGGACAGCUCUUCACUUGGCAGCUUGCCAAGCUAAUAUAAAAUCAAUGAGAGAGAUAAUAUUUAAAUGCCCAGAUUGCUGUAAACUCGUUGAUAAUAGAGGCUGGAAUGUUGCUCAUUAUGCUGUGAUAAGCAAAAGUGAUGAUGCAUUAAAAAUACUCCUGGCAAAUCCCUCCUGCAUCUACCUUGUUAAUGAAAAAGAUGCACAGGGAAACACUCCUCUCCAUUUACUGGCUGCAUUACAGUCUCAUCCCCGUUCUCUUAUGCACCAUGCAAAGGGUCACCGUUUUGCAGUUUACAGACAGAAUUUUUUGUGUAUCAAGGAAUUGCUUAGCCGCUCUCCCUGUCGGAAGUCUUACCAGAAAGAGAUUCAAGAGUGGAUGAGAGAUCUUGGAGGUGGACCACUGGGGCAAAUUGUUAUAAAGAAAGAUGAUUUCAUCCUUACAUUUGAGAGAGCCAGAGACUCCCAUAUAGUAGUAGCAGCACUUGUGGCAACUGUAACUUUUGCAGCAGCAUUUACCUUACCUGGUGGUUACGGAAGCAACGACGAUGAGAAAGACCAAGGUGUGGCCAUUCUUGGUAAAAACUCUGCUUUUAAAGCUUUUCUCAUUACAGAUGCAAUAGCCAUGGUGCUCUCCACCUCUUCUCUCUUUAUCCACUUUACGCUUGCAUUACAUGGAUAUCGACAAAGAUUCAUGUGGUUAAUGGUAUACGCAUUUCGGUGUAUUGUGUUUGCCAUUGAAGCAAUGGUGGUUGCAUUUGUUACAGGCACAUAUGCUGUGCUAUCACCUUCUCAAGGACUUGCCAUUAGCACUUGUGCCAUUGGUUUGAGCUUCUUCAUCUUUGUGUUUUUUAUACUUACCAGGAUAAAUUCUACUAUCUUCAAGUUCAGUGGCAUUUGAACAAUGUAUUGCAGCUUAGUUUUAUGCUUGCCGGGAUGAAAUUUAAUACUUGUAACCGAAUAGCACAUUUUGAAAAAAAAAUGAGAACUCUUUCUUGAUUUAAAGAUAAAUUCUACUAUCUCCUGAAGAUUAGCAGUUUCAAAGGGUUGAUUCUGAUCCAUAUGUGAGGGCAUGUGGGACGAUGAAUGGAGUCGCGAUUUUAUCCCUGAUGAUCUAGAGAUUGCAGAGAGUUGAGAGGUGUAUAUGGUGUGAGAUUGGGAGAAGUUCUGAAGACUGAAAACCGAAGCAAGAUUCAGCUGAAAGUCAUGAAAUUGAAGAAAUCAGUUUCGGGGAUGCAGGGUUCGGACAGUGCAUGGAGGAGUAUGGAAGCUUGUUUUCUGGUGAGGCUUUCUUAAUGAUGACUCUAUGAAUUGCAGAGAAUCCAUAGUUACAAGAAUAUGUGGUAACAAAAUUUUUGUAAGCAUACACCGUGACUUUGCCAACUAGACCAUUAUUGACAUUACAUGAUGAGCAGUAAAAAUAUAAAAAAGUUUCACA